GGUCCCGAACGCAGUGUUUUAGAACGAUUAAAGGUCAUGGUUAAGUGUAUCAGGAUAAAACAUGUGUGUUCAACUUCCAUCAUGUAUGAUUUACAAUGGAUCACAUUUGCAUAUAAAUAACACAUAUUGCGUAUUCCUCCUAUUAAAUGAGUCAACUCGGAUCACGAUCCUACUCACGUAAUACGAAAAGGGAAGUUGAACAUUUUAUGAAAAUACCUUUGAUGGAGUCUUGAUCUGAAAGGUUUCAUUCUCCUGCGGAAUCGCAACAUACUCUACAUCCGAAAGUUGUAAAUUCAUUCAGGUGUAAGGUACGUUGGUUGAUUGUUUUGUCACGAACUUUUUCGAUUGUUAUUAAACCUUCAUGGUUUUUCAUUACUGCUCAGCAUUCUCAUUACACAGUUGAUCAAGAGCUUGAGCGUAACUCUUACAGCAACCUGAGAAAAAGUCAAACAUUUUAUCUUCUCCUUUCAGUCGUUUCCAAAAGCGUAAUCAUACAUUCUUACUGUAAACAGGAAAUUGUUUUCCAUUUUUCUCCUUGUCAUAAGGGAUACUGCAACGUAAGUGUACUAAAUAAGAAUUCCGUUUUUGCCAAUUAGCGUAUGACGAUGCAAUAACUUCUUUAUACCUAGACACAUAUAUCUUGACCUCAUACACGAAAGGAAAAGAAAUCCUGAUUAAUUUUCUUCAGAAAUAUUCUGUAACUUGCCCGAGUACUUAAACCGACCUACAUUUAUUUAUCAUCUGGCCAAUUUUCGUUUGCCUCAGGGGAAAAAUGUAAUAAAUAAUGCAAACAAGAUAAUUAAAUUCUUCGUAUACUUGCUCCAUUGUCAUUGCUCCUCUCCAGUAGGCCUGUAGCUUAACUUCUUUGUGCAGUAUUGCGAUAUUUAUGCUAUGCUUCUCUGAUUUUAAUCUUUCAUAAUUUAUUUCAUAGGAACGAAAAACAAGACAUUUCCAUAAUGAGUGAUCAACAAAACCAAAAUUCAUCGCUAAAUGGAGAUUCACAGGGGCGAAAUAGCGUGGAAAUUGUGCUGGAGUCCUUUACAGCUAUAAUUAUCUUCCUGGCCUCAAUUUUAACCAACUGCAUCGUUCUAUAUGUCAUAAGGACCAACCCUACCCUAAAAACUUUCACAAAUAAGAUAAUUGCAAACUUGUGUCUCGUUGAUAUGGCCGAAACAUUACUCAUUAUGCCAUUAUGGGUCACAAGCUUGAUCAAAGGACAAUGGAUCUUUGGCAAUAUCAUUUGUAACGUGUCAGGGUUUCUGUUCUUCGCAAUGGCAAAUGCAACUCUCUAUUCGUUACUUCUCAUUGCGCUCAGCAGGUAUUUCAAGGUCGUGAAACCCCAAUUGUAUAAUGGCAUUUUCUUCGCAAAGAAGAGCAGACCAAAAAUCCUUCUUGCUCUAUGUUGGAUUGUGCCUCUCAUCAUCUGCAGUCCACCGUUGUAUGGAUGGGGAAAGUAUAAGUUCUACCCACAGUCUUUUCUCUGUACGUUUGAAUGGUCAUUUGAUGGACUACACGUUUCCUACUUGGUCUUCCUUGCGAUAACACAACCAUCUCCUUACAUAAUUUGCUGGUGUUACUUCAAAAUUUACAACACUGUUCGACGAAACAGAAUCCAGAUUUGCACCAGAGCAAACCGUGCCGCUUGCAAAAACGCUCAUAACGCCGAGAACAUGUGCAUUCAUACUACACUGGGCAUAGCUUGCGUGGUCGUGCUUUGCUGGCUCCCAAAGGCAAUACUUGUUCUUUUGUUGGGAGGCGGAAAAAAAGGAUUAUCUUUGCCUUUAAUGAUAUCGAGUUAUCUUGUGUUCUUAGCAUGUUGCUUGAAUCCCAUCGUAUAUGGAAUGAUGAACCCUCAGUUCAAGCCAGCCUUCAAGGCAUUAUUUAUAAAAAGAGGGAUGAGGAAUCCUGACCUUGCUGCUUUUUCCACUUACUCGAUUCCAACGAUACAUUCAAAGUAG